CAUCCAAUCAGCUGCGAGGAAGGAACCCAACACUUCCGGUCCUUCAUACAAACACAUGUCAGCUAGCAGCUAGCUCAGUCAACAACAGGACAAAGUGUCAAUAAACACCUCUGAAGAUGGUCCAGCUCAGUAGGAUCUGCUUCCGGAAAUAUGGAAACUUUGUGGAUAACCUCCGUCUGUACGUCCGUGGAGGCGGUGGGGGCAUGGGUCUACCCCGUCUCGGUGGACAGGGAGGUAACGGAGGAGAUGUUUGGGUGGUAGCUUCAAAGAACAUGACCUUGAAGAGGGUCAAGGACAAGUACCCCCAGAAGCGUUUUGUAGGUGGAUCAGGAGCCAACAGCAGUGUCCGAGCGUUGAAAGGAGAGAGGGGGAAUGACGAGGAGAUAUUGGCUCCUGUUGGCGUUACAGUCACCACUGAUGAUGGCAAUUUCCUUGGUGACCUGAAUACUGAAGGUGAUCGUCUGAUGGUGGCGAAAGGAGGACCUGGAGGCACCAUCCGCUCUGCGUUUGAGUCCAGUAAGGGACAGACCAAACACAUAAGGCUGGACCUCAAACUCAUCGCUGACCUGGGCCUUGUUGGGUUCCCAAAUGCAGGAAAGUCCUCUCUCCUGACUGCCAUGUCUAAUGCCACACCUCAGAUUGCCAAUUACGCUUUCACAACUUUGAAGCCGGAGAUCGGCAAACUGAUGUAUAAAGAUUACAAGCAGAUUUCUGUUGCUGAUCUCCCGGGCCUGAUUGAAGGAGCUCACAUAAACAAAGGCAUGGGCCACAAGUUCCUAAAACAUGUGGAGAGGACCAAGCAGCUUCUGUUUGUGGUAGAUGUUUGCGGUUUCCAGCUGGCAAGUAAAACACCGUUUAGGUCGGCCUUUGAAGCUGUUCAACUUCUUACCAAGGAGCUGGAGUUGUACAAAGAGGAGCUUGUAUCAAAGCCUGCUUUACUGGUGGUGAACAAAAUGGACCUGCCAGAUGCUGAGGACAAACUAGCAGAGCUGAAGGAGCAACUACAAAAUCCAGACGAGUUCUCUGAUCUGUUGCCUGACGACAUGAUACCGAAGAACUACAUGACCUUCAGACAUGUGGUUCCCGUCUCUGCCUCCACUGGUUUUGGUGUUGACCAUUUGAAAAGUUGCAUCCGGGAAUCGCUUGAUGAAGAUGCAGCAAUGGCAACUAAAGCCAUCCAUCAAGACAGACUGCAGACUCUGAGGAGCAACUCACACAAGCAUUUGUGAUGAACACAGGCAAUAGGUCACGCAUUUGAGCGGGACGUACAAUGACGGAUGAGUCGUCUGCUAAAACAGUAAAACUUUAAUGGCAGGUAAACAGCAUCCACUGAGAAACACCUGGGACAACAGAAACUGAUGGAGGAUAACUUUCACUGGCUGUUUCAGCCAAAACAUCCAACGUUAUGAGGCUCCACGAGUUGGUCUGUGCUUCGAAUACUCCCUUGUUGGGUCUGACGUUGUUAUCAAAAUCCAAGCCACAGUUAACAGGGACCAUUUUUAUUCAGAAAUGAUAUAUUGCAACAUAUUUAUAUGCUUACCCAUGAAAGGCUGUUGGUAAAGCACGGAGAAAGCAAAACUACUUUUAGUGCCAGAUGCAUUAAAUUAUAGAGAAUGUGCUUAGCACCCUUGAAAGAGGGGAACUGUGCAUCAGGUGUAGCAACUAGUUCUUUUCUGUUUCAUCCGAUUGCUCGAGAAGAUUAAGAUUGUAUUUAUUUUUCAUUGGUGUGUGUUGUAGGGAUGCACCGAUCCAACCUUUUCUCCCCCCGUUGCUGAUAUGGAUACCUCAACUCUGAGUAUCUGCUAAUACAGAGUACUGAUUUCUGACACUAGUGUUCUCUUUUUCCUCAAGUUUAAAAUCUUUGAACUCAUUUUGAUGUAAGGUAACAUGAGGCCAGGCAUUACUGUGAUUACUGAGUCUGCCAUGACUGAAUAAAUGCUACUUAUAGUGGAAAAGCUGAAUUUUAUAAUGACAUUGACAAAGUAUUUACUGUGGAUCGGUCACAUCUGGCUGAUACUUGUUCCACUAAACAACGUAAGUAUUGGAUGGAUCAGUGCAUCUCAACUGUGUUGCAUAUUUAUCAUAUUGUAAUAAAAAAAUAAUAAUAAUAAAGUCAGUUUUCCAGUA